CCCAAUUAAAUCCAAUUCCCGAUGGUUACGCUUUAUCGGUUCUUCCCUCGUCCCAUUUUUUCACUACACCAUCGUAUCUCACAUCCACUUCAUAACUCGUCAACUCAGUAACGCGCUCGCGCGUGACGAAACCUUCUCGAACCUUCUCAGAUCGAACUUCGUUUCCUCUCCGCGAUCCAAUUCAACGCGCUUUCAUUUUCAACUUCAACUCUUUUUCCUCUCUUCGAUUUCGUUAAUCACGACUCUAACACCGCGUUUCGAGAACGAUAGCGGCAAUGGCAGAAGAGAAAGCGGUUACUAGCGGCGGCGGCGGUGGCGGUGGCGGUGAGAAGAAAGAGAAGACGACUGACACUGUUGAUUCUACUCAUGAAAACGGAAAGACGAAGCGUAAAGGUUUAAUUUCUCGAAUUUGGAAUUUUAUAUUUAGGUCUAAUAGAGAUAAUUUGGAAAAAAGGCUUCAGAGUAUUUCUAAGGAAGAAUCUUCGGUUAUGAGUAGAAUGAACAAGAGAUCCCGUUCUUGGAGGCGAGCUUCUCGCCAUAUUAUUAUUUUCUCUGUUUUAUUUGAGGUCAUUGCCGUAGCUUAUGCGAUUAUGACAACAAGAACUGUGGAUAUGAAUUGGAAAAUGAGGGCAAUUCGAGUUUUGCCGAUGUUUCUUUUGCCUGCAUUUUCAUCUGCUGCAUAUUCAACAUUUGUAAGCUUCAUAAGGAUGUGUGAUCGCAGGGACCAAAAAACUCUUGAUAGGCUGAGAGCUGAAAGGAAGGAAAAAAUUGACGACCUCAAAGAGAAGACAAACUAUUACAUUACUCAACAACUCAUUCAGAAAUAUGACACAGACCCAGCAGCAAAGGCGGCUGCUGCAACUGUUUUGGCAUCCAAGUUGGGUGCAGAAUCAGGUUUGAAACUGCACAUGGCAGAUGAAUCCAUAUCUGGUGCUCCGACAGGAAAGACCAACAAUGUUGAACUUGUGCAGUCUGGUGGACUUAGGAAUCGCAAACAAGGGCAAGCUCAAUCCACUACUCUAGGGACAACAGCUCCAAAUCAUCCCGAUCAACAAUUAGUUGCUUCCAGGGGAACUGAUCAAACUCAGACUCACACGCAGAAACAGGUUGUAGUUGUUGAGCAUCACCAACCUCAAAGCUCAACAAAGUAUGAUGGAGGAUGGAUUGCUCAAAUUGCAGCAUUGCUUGUGGGUGAGGAUCCAAAGCAGUCUUAUGCACUCAUAUGUGGUAACUGCUAUAUGCAUAAUGGUCUUGCUCGGAGAGAGGAUUUCCCAUUUAUCACUUACUACUGCCCACACUGCCACGCCCUGAACAAACCAAAGCAUUCAGCUGAGCCCAUAUCUGCUCUUAAUUCGACAAACACCAGGUCCCCUAAAACAGAUGGAGAGGCAGAUAAAAAUGAUAGUAUUUGUGCUUCUGACAGAUCGGUCACUAACAAUGAACCAGUAAAUGCUACCCGUGAGAUCGUCGAGCACACAUCUGAAGAGGUUGAGUUAGGAGGGAAUGAAGAAAGAUAGCUAUAAGAAAGCUUCAUUCAAGGACGGGCUGUUUGAAUACGUGUCUCAUUGUUCCAUGAAACUGACAACUAUAAAGAGAGCAACUUUGCAGUUGGUUUUGUAUCAUAUAUAUUUUGCCUGUGACUCAACGCAAAUUUUCUGAGA